GUGGCAGUGAGUUGAGAGAUACAGCCGCAACUGUCGAGAUCACCUACUAAACCAGUUGUUAUGGUGGUUCCGCGUUCUUCUCUGACCAAUGCGUAAAAGAGAACCAUGUUUUGGGGCAGCACCGGCAGGCUUCACACACUGACAGUAAGAAGAAAGACGGCGAGUGAGAGUGAGUUGGGUAAGAAAGAGAGUGUGGGAGAGCCCUCCCCCCGCCAAAUGUCUUGAUGGAUCCACUCCUUCAUAACCCAACUCUUCUCCAGCCGUGCGCAGAUGACCAAAGUGUCCAAACCAGACUGAAUCUGCUCAAACGGCCACAUGAUGUCAAGAUGAGAGCAGAUUAGAUAUUUAACUCUUCACCCACGUCUUCGUUUUAUUUAGUCUAUAGUGAAAGUCAAAGUAGCCAAACACCCUCUGGCGAAAGAGCACUUGACUACAUGUGAAUGUCUGCCGGUCUCCCAGCGCACUGCGCUGGUGAUGCCAUGCCGAGAAGUCACACCGGCGACGAGAGCGGCAGCACCGGACUCUGGCUGAAGACAUCAACGGGACGCCAGGUGCAGGACUACGCGCUGAAAGAUGUGGAGUCUGGGCGGAGGACGAUGAAUAACGCGGGGCGAGUUGGGGACGGUCUCCUGUCUCCCGCCACGGCAGGUGCGUUGGGAUCGGAGAGGAAGCAGGGCGCCCGGCUCAGCCUGCUGGGGAAGCCGCUGACCUACAGCGCGCAGAGCUGCCGCAGGAACGCGCGGUACCGGCGGCUCCAGAAUUACCUUUACAACGUGUUGGAGAGACCGAGGGAAUGGGCUUUCGUCUACCACGCUUUUGUGUUCAUCCUGGUCUUUGGAUGUCUGGUUCUCUCUGUGUUUUCCACCAUCCCUACUCACCAGGAAUUCUCCGCACACUGCCUGCUCAUCCUGGAGUUUGUGAUGAUUGUCGUGUUUGGUCUGGAGUACAUCAUCAGGAUAUGGAGUGCUGGCUGCUGCUGCCGCUACAGAGGCUGGCAGGGACGCCUCCGCUUCGCCAGGAAACCGUUUUGUGUCAUAGACAUCAUUGUACUCAUCGCCUCAGUUGCCGUGGUUUCAGCCGGUAGCCAGGGUAACAUCUUUGCCACCUCUGCGCUGCGUAGCCUUCGUUUCCUUCAGAUCCUGCGCAUGGUGCGCAUGGACCGCAGGGGAGGGACCUGGAAGCUGCUGGGAUCUGUAGUUUAUGCACAUAGUAAGGAGCUGGUGACUGCCUGGUAUAUUGGGUUCCUGGUGUUAAUCUUCUCCUCCUACUUGGUCUAUCUGGUCGAGAAAGAAAUCAACCAGGAGUUUGCCACCUACGCCGACGCUCUGUGGUGGGGCACGAUCACCCUUACAACCAUUGGCUACGGUGACAAGACCCCACAGACGUGGACGGGGCGGUUAUUAUCAGCCGGUUUUUCUCUGCUGGGGAUCUCCUUCUUCGCCCUGCCAGCUGGCAUCCUAGGAUCAGGUUUUGCCCUGAAGGUGCAAGAGCAGCAUCGACAGAAGCACUUUGAAAAGAGGAGGAACCCAGCUGCCAGCCUCAUCCAGGCGGCUUGGCGUCUGUACUCCACCGACGGCGCUCGUCCCUACCUCAGAGCCACCUGGCACCACUACCACAGUGCCCUCCCCCCCCUCAGGAAAGAGCAGGGCGAGACUACUUACAGUAAGGGUCUAAGUAAUGGGAGGCUCUUCAGAAGGUAUUCUCGGAAAUAUAGGAGUCAGAAGUUGAGUUUUAAAGAGCGGGUCCGUAUGGCGAGUCCUCGCGGUCAGAGCAUGAAGAGCAGGCAGACGUCCAUCAACGACCGCCAACGCUGUUCCCCUGGCAACGAGGUGGUGGGUGGCCCCGAGCUGAUGGGCGGGAGCCCGGCCAAAGUGCAGAAGAGCUGGAGCUUCAACGAUCGGACCCGGUUUAGGCCAUCGCUGAGAUUGAAGAGCCAAACUCGCACUGCUGUCCCAGAUGUGGACACAGGCAUGAACACAGACGAUUCCUUUGAUGAGAGAGGCUGCCAUUGUGAUGUUACAGUGGAGGAUCUAUCAAAUCCCCUCAAGGCUGUCAUCAGAGCUGUCAGGAUCAUGAAGUUCCAUGUGGCAAAAAAGAAGUUUAAGGAGACAUUGCGUCCGUACGACGUGAAAGAUGUCAUAGAGCAGUACUCUGCAGGACACCUGGACAUGCUCUGUCGCAUCAAGAGCCUUCAGACUAGAUUAGACACUGUAGUGGGUCCCCCUCCAAGGCCUUUCAGCAGCCACGUCAAGACCUUUUCUUCUCCUUCCCUGCAUUUAUAUUACAGCCACACCCGGAAGAAACAGUCUGCACCGGGACUGGCCAGUGCAGCGGGCUCUAGUCCCAGCUUGAGUAGCCGACCCAGGAACAUGUCCUCUCCUGCCCUGCACUAUUAUUACAGCAACGACAGGAAGAAGCUCCCUGGCUCAGGGGUGGAUCAGAUUCUGGGAAAAGGCCAGAUUCCCUUGGAUAAGAAAAUAAGGGACAAACUGCACCCAGAUGGAGACUCUCUGGAGGGCAUGAGCAUGCUGGGACGUGUGUGUAAGGUGGAGAGACAGGUAACGUCCAUUGAAUCAAAGUUGGACUCUUUGCUGGACGUUUACCGCCAAGUCCUUCAGAAAGGCCCCUCAGCACUCACCCUAUCCUCCCUGCCCCUGUUCGAGCUGGACAACCACCAGCACCACAACCCGGACUACCAGACUUCCAUCAUCGGCAGGGAUCUCCCCUCUCCCCAGGGAGGUGAUCCAGUUGGAGGCGGAGGAGAUAACAGUGGGGGCUUACGGCGUUCUCUUAGUGCCAACCCGAGAGGCCUGCGGCUCAUCCUGCCACCCCCUGAUGAUGACGGCCCCCCAGACUCAGCACCUCCAUCUUACCCCCCAUCCACAGCCUCGCUCUCACCAUCACCCCUGCUGCCUCCCGAUAGCCCCUACCCAACCUUGGUCAACCCCAAUGGUACAUCAAAUAGAGCACACUUCCCUGACUUGCCGCCCCCACCUCCCUCAACAGGGGGUUUUACCCUCCAGCUGCCUCCCAUUGUGCACCCCUCCCAUCUCCGAUGCCCCACUGACGCCGUCCCAGAUGAUAUGACAGAUAUAGUGGCAGUUGAUGAAGGGAUCCUGGGCCCCUCUGUUGUUGUGGGAUCCAGUGUGGAUGCUGACCAGGAAGGGGACAGUGAUGCUGGUCCUGCCCAGGGAAGGGUGCAGUUGCGGGAAAAGCCUGGCUUGAAAUCUGAGGGGGUCUGGAGGAGGCACAUAAGCCUGGAGGUUAACCCCCUGCUGCUGCUCUCGUCUAGCCCAGAUGGGACGCCUUCAGACUUGGGAGGCAGUCUUGGGAAUUCCCUCUCUGUGCACAAUCUCAGCCAGCCUUUGACCAACCGUGCUCCCGGCCUCUCCUCAGCGCUCAACAACAGCAGCAGCAGCAACGGUAGCAAACGUAGCAAUGCCCAUGGUGACCAUAGCAACUGGGACGGAGCAGAACUUUUCAUUAGUGAGUGCAAACUAGAGCCAGCAGAAGAACAUUUCAACUUCCUGUCCCCGGGACCUGAUAGCAGCCCCUCAGACCUUUUACAGACUGUGGAGGAGACUGCACCUCACCCCAAGGGAAACUCAGAGUUUCUCUGUCAGUCCCCACACAUACAGCUGGCAUAAACACACACACACACACACACACACACACACAUGCACACACAUUCACACACACACACCUGCUCGCAUACUGUAUGUACACACCAUUGUUGGGGAAAUAUUUUUACAGGACACUUUUCAGAUUAUGUUGCAAAUGUCCAAUCGAUGCCUUGUAUAUGGACAUACAAUGUUUUCAUACAGAUUUUAUUAUGCUAUAUACUUUUUAUGGGGUACUAAAAUUCCCAUAAAGAAAUCCAUAGUAUAAUGGUGUAUAAAAAAUUUACGAAAGUGGGCAUAUUCAUGUGACAAAAUAGACAAAAUAUACAAUUACAAAUAACUUUCCUUUAAGAGAAAUUGGUUUGAUCUUUAUCUAAAGAUAUUAAGAAAUGAUAAUUUUAUUAACUUUAUACAAAAAGGUCAUGUUUUUCAUAUACAAGAUCAUAUAUUAAUAAAAAGGAUGUUGAUAAAAUUAAAUUUUGUUUGAAAUAGAAAAACAAGGAAGGACUAUUAACUGUGAUUUCUGAGCCUGCAGUCUGACACCUGCCAACUAGACAUCGGAGUGUAGAAGCAAAUCAAAUUAAAGCUGCAAGCAGCGAUAAACAGGCCCUCGCACCUGUCGGGGUGCAAUGCAGCCUCUGCGUCGUUGACGGAAGUCGAUCUACGCGGCUCAGAUUUUUCACGUUUUUUCGACACUGCAUGGAGGAGGUGAAUGUCACUUGCUGUGUAAAUGGCAAAAAAAAGACCUAAAAGUGCACAGUAAAUUCAAAAUGGCUGACUUCCUGUUGGGUUUAGGGUAUGGGUCCAAGAGGGUUUUUCAUAAGUCUUGGGAUGAUACAUCUGCCUCCCAAAUUUGGUACAUCUAGGUGAAAUGUAGCUUUGUUUAAGGCUGACUCCCUGUUGCCAGUAGGUGGCUGUGACUAUGAUUCAGUAUUACCAUAUACAGUAGAUGUGUUCAGGUUGGGACUCUUAUGAAACGUGAAGUUUGGGGCAGAUUUGACCAAGUGCACCGAAGUUAUAACAACUUCCUGAUUCAUGGCGAAACAUGGAAAUUCGACACCAUGCCAUGGACACGCCCUUCGACGAAAACUCAAGUUUUUGAUAACUUUUCAUCAUGAAGGUCUUUAGAUUACACUGCCCAAAUUGGAAGUCGAUUCGAUUAAGCCUGUAAGAGGAGUUUGUUAAAGUACAGCACGUAAAUAGAAACUGUAAUUUCCUGUUACCAGUAGGUGGCACUAUGACUAUAAGUGAACGUUGGCAUGUAGAUGUCUUCAGGGUGGGACUAUUAUCAAACAUAUGAAGUUUGGGGCAAAUUGGACCAUAUACACUCAAGUUAUAAGAACUUCCUGUUUCUUGGCGAAACAUCAAAAUUCGACGCAACGCCACAGACACCCCCUUUGACGAAAACUCAAGCUUUUGAUAAAUUUUCAUCACGUAGGUCUUUAGAUUUUACUUCCCAAAUUCAAAGUUGAACUGAUGAAUUCUCUAGGAGGAGUUUGUUAAAGUAUAGGAUGUGUAAAAUGCAAAAAAUGACCACUAAAUUCAAAAUGGCCGACUUUGUGUUGGAUUUAGGGUAUGAGUCCAAGAGGGUUUUUUACAUCUGGACAUGAUACAUGUGCCUCCCAAAUUUCAUACAUUUAGGUGAAACGUGCCGUGGAGGCUGCUCUUUAGGAGGCGCUAUGGAGCCAUUUUGCCACACCCAUGCGCAAGAACCAUAAAACAUAACAUUUUUCACCACAUCUGACAUGUGCAAAGUUUCAUGAGUUUUCGUGCACAUUUAGGCCCUGAAAAAUGACCUGACCUCGCUGCGGUCACUGCUUGGGCCCUAAUAAUUUGGUUCAUUAAAAAAUAACUGUGAGUAAUGUAGACGUUCUAUUCAAAGUCAUUUCCAGCAGUCCUACAUUUUAACACACUCUGAACCUAAACCCAGACCAAAGAACCUAGCUUCAGCUCAUCACUGAAACAAGCAGGAGUAUAAAUUUUUGUUGGAGAAAUUAAAGAAUAUGUCAUCUGACUUGUGCCAACCUUGACAAUUAAAUUAGUGAAGAGAAUCAGAAGAAAAUACUUUGAGUGUCUCAUAGCCAAAAGUAGUUGUAAGUUACAAAACUCAAAAGUGUAGUUGAACCUCAAACAAGCCACUGGAAGCUAUAGGUCAACCACUUCUUUCUUAACAUGGUGUGAAACCAGUACACACGAGUACAUGCACACACAUACAACCACUCUUUGACACACACACAAAAACAAACUGACUCACACAACCACUGAGUACCGUGAGAAGAGCCAACUUGACAAAGAGCUGAGACUGACUAAUGACUUAUUUUUUUUCAUACAAGUGCUUGUAUUCAGAGACUUUCUUGGAAGAAGAGGAGAGUCACUCACUCUCCUUAUUCGGUGUCUGUCUAUGGCAAUGUAAAAUGUUGUCUUUUACUUCAUACGUAUCACUGCAUGGACUGUUUCAAAAACAAAUUAAUGAAAAAUGGGUUGGGCCUGGUGUGAUGGGAAUAGCUGAAUUAUAAAAGGAGUUCAAGGUCAAACCCUUAGCAUGUAUUCAGACCACAAGCAUCUCAUUCUAUUCAUUUUCUACAAGCACAGAAAUGUUAGUUAAUGUCUAUAUGGUUGCUUAGUUUAAUCUGUCAGCAAGUUGUAAAUUUGGAUGCAGUUAACUUAUUGGGGAAAAUGGCCCUAACAGCAGCAAGGAAACUUUGGCAGGAGACUAACUAGACAACUUGAAUCUCAUCUGAGAUUGAGCUGAACAUGUGGAGUAUGUAUGGCCUCUUUAACCUCUUCCGCUGCCCCAAAUAAAAGUAUAAUUAACCAGGAUUUUGAAUGUGCAUGCACUUCCUCCUCACCACAUCAAUCAUUAUAAUUACAAUAUUUAAACAUUUAGGGUUAUUGUAAUAAUCUUAAAUAUUAGAAAAGUGGACACAUUUAUAUUUUGAUAAUUUGCAUUUAGUCCAUAUCCAGAUUGAGAAGUUAUGUUUUCACUGGCAGGCUUAUAAAAAAAAAAUGGUGUGUUGCAAGUGUCUUAAAUGACACUGUCCUAAACACUUGAUAACAUUGUUUUCAUUGCCAUCCUGCUUGUAGAUUGGUUGACUGCUCUUGAAUGAGAAUCAUGCACAAAACUAUGUCUACCAUCUUAAUUUUUGUUUGCCAUUUUGUUUUUGCAUGUUUAUAUCUUAAGGGGUGUGCAGUCACUGCAGUCUUAAAAAUGUAUUUUAAUGUGUUAAUGACAACCUUUAUUCAUCAUUGUUUUCCAGUUAUAUUCUCUUUGUUUUGAAUGGUGAGUAAGUGCAUUGCUUAAAAGCAAAUUAACAUUCUGUAGUAGAAUAUAACACGUAUUAUCUUCUAACAAAUGACAAUUGUAAAGACUUGUAGAUUGAUUUAGAAAUAUUCUACAGCCCAUGCAGGAGCUGUUGUGUUAUGAUGAAAUAUAUUAUCAAUAUGAAAACACAGCUGUUUUUGGUGAGUUUAAGGAGCCUGAAAAUGUGACAUGGUAGUUUAAUGCUUAAUAUUGGAAUAGAUUUGUUAUUGAUUGAAUUUUGCUACAUAUGAAAAGAGGCCAAACAAAACUGUCAGUUACUUUGGAGCAAGAUAUCGAACAAAUACUGAAUAAUGAGGAAAGCCCAUGGACUCAGCCAGUUGGGACAUUUGAUUGAUUUUUGCAAUCUGUAAAUUGCUUCAGGGUGCCUUUCUUGCAUAUGAAAAUUCUUCAUUUUUUCUUCACAGGGCCAUAAAGGUCUUGUUUGCCUAAAGCCUAUAGCAUACUGUAUAGUUGAAGUCAAACUGCUCAUUUUGUGUUGGACAACCAGUUCACUUAGGUCAUGUAGCUUUAGCCACAUACUUUAUAUGGCUUUUAUGGCUAAUAAUACCAUUUCUUUACUGCUUGAACAGUAAUUUAUUACACAACUGGCCUUAAAGCUUGAUAAUGUUAACAUUAUUUUUCUUUGAAAUUAAUUUAUUAAAGUGCACAUUAUGUUCUCUGGAUGAGAAAUGCAAAAAUAAUUUUAUUAUUCAUUAAUAAAGUACAAAUCAACUAAA